AUGAUGAAAAUCGUUUUCUCGUACCUUGUCUUGUCCUCUUUGUGGAACGUUGCCUCAUCGAGCGACACACCGCCAUGCGAUCGCGUCUGCUCCAACGGCGGAAGAUGUGUCUUUGAUCUUGCUUCGCACGAUGAUUUCUUCUCGUCGUCGUCGUCGAGUCCGACCGUGAUGCGUUGCCUUUGUCCCACGGGGUGGGCGGGUCCUCAUUGCGACUCUCUCUUGGUCGCCAACCACGGCCAACCAACGCAUCAAGAAUCUGGCUCCUUGUUGGAAAGCAGCAGCAACAACAACCACGAUGACGCCAAGACGGGGCAUUCUUCCUACUUCUCCACAACACCUUGUGGAUCAAACUCGUGCUUGCAUGGAGCCAAUUGUCUCUUGGAGGCGAAGGGAAGCCGUCAACAGACGUGUGAUUGUUCCACGGCGCACGGUGGUCUUUUUGCCGGCAAGUCUUGCGAGUUUCCUGCCACUGACACUUGCUAUCGUUACGACGACGACGACGAAGACGCUGGCGCUGCCUUUUGCGUCAAUGGUGGAACCUGCAAGAGCUAUGCUCAUUUCCAAGGCGACCCCAUCCAUCCAGGAUGCCUCUGUCCUCCAGGAUGGACCGGUCUCUAUUGCGAAAUUUACUCGUCCUCCGCCGGCGACGCUCUGGCUUUGCAUGGAAGUGAGUUUGUGUUUGACGCCGCCGAUAACAACGAUGGCGACGACGACGAUGAUGAUACAUGGGUGACAAGCACUGCCAGUCACGGAACCUCUACCAACGUCAUGAGCCAAGAGUACUACGAUCACAUUAUUGAAAUGGGGUCCUCCCAUGCCGACACCACCCACGAUGAUGAUGAUGAUGACACUGUUGGAUUUGAAUCAUCGCAGUCGGGACAAGAAAUCAACGAGGGAGACGACGAUGACGACGACUCCCUCUCCAACGGCAGCAACGAGCAUGACACUGGAUUUGAACCAUCGCAGUCGGGACAGGAAUUCCACGAAGGAGAUGACGACGACGAUUCUGGUUCUCUCUCCAACGGCGGCAACGACCCAGGUGCGAGCCAUGGAUCUCAAUUCUCCUUUGACGAUGAUACGACCGACAAGCCAUCCACUGCCGACAAGGUUGACGACGACGAUGACGACAACAUGGAUCACCAGUCUGGAUCACAGGUCGGCCCAAGUGACGACGACCAAACCGACGAUUCUCAUCACCAUUCCUCCAAUGGUGGCGCCGUGCAUUCGGAUGAUGACGACGACAGUACUCCUAUCACACCAGACCACCAUGGCAAUGACCACCACGACUCGGCAUCUGGUUCCGGCGACAAGGAGGACGAUUACUACUCACCCACUCCUGACCAUGGCACGGGCAGGGAUUUCGACAACGGCGGCGGCGGCGACGAUGAUGAUGUCACUGUCCAUCCAGGAAACCUUGUUUCAGACGAUGACGCCGCCAACCCCGACAAGCCCAACACCAAAUCAUCGGGCAAAGCGGCUUUGAACGCAUUCAUUGCGUUGACUCUUGUUGUCUUGGGCAUGACUGGUCUUCUCUUUGCAUGGCGCAAGUACAUGAUUUGGAAACUUCAGAGAAACCUCCCUAAUGUGGACACUCCAAUCUGGGAACAGGAUACCGAAUUGGAAGUCUACAGCGACCAUCCCAAAUACCGCUCUUCUCCCAACAACUCCUCCUCUGAUUUCAUGGACCGUCCAUUCCAUUCCCGUUUUGCUGAUUCCGUCAUGGUGUCCUCGUUCCCUUCCCGUGACAUGGAAGAGUCGACCCGCCCUGCCUCCAUGAUUGGGGACCCCAAGCCCAACUUUGUUGGCCGUGGAGUGGAAAACCGCGAUGAGAACGACCUUGACCUUGACUCGUCGUCGGGAAACAACAUUUGUUAG